AUGGUUGUUGAUCCACGAGAUAUCAAAAUUCCAGCGUAUAUUGCUACUAUUCUUGGUCUUUGUGCUCUUAUUCUUGCUUGCAUCGGUAUUGGUACACCUGCAUGGCAAAUUGUAUAUUCUGAUGCACCUAAUAAUACAUCGCCAUUCACAAGUACAAAUUUCUACUAUACUUGUUAUGCAGGCAAUGCAUCUUGUACAAAUUAUCCAUAUUCGACAGAUGAUUAUAUUCAUUUGAGAUUAGCAUCUGGUUUAGGUAUUGUUGGUAUUCUAUUUCUUACCUUUGGUAUAAUUGGAACCUAUAUACUUGGAUUGUAUCCAUUCAUUGGACCAGCAAAAUUUCAAGAUAGUCGUUAUUAUGAUUUAUACGUACUUUCUGGACCAUUUUGUUUAUUUAUAGCAACAAUAACAAUGUUAGCUGCAUUAGCGGAAGGAUCACAAACAGUACUUUAUAAUGGUUAUUCAGCAAAUCUAUAUCAAACGGCACAUGUUAUCUCCAUAUUUGUAUUACUUGGAAGUGCUUAUGCAUCAGGUCGACGCUCAUUGAUAUCAAGCAGUGGCAUGGAACCAUUAUUAAAUAACAAAUGA